AUGAAUAUUCUUUGUCUAGUUGCAAUAAUUCUACUCGGUUAUUUUGGACAAGAUUUCAUUUCGAAUGUCGGUUCAUCGUCAACUCAAGCACCGUUUCCAUUUAAUGAAUCGUAUGCAAUAAUAGUUUUGACUGGUGGUCUAGUUUUUGGCCAUUCGGAAUAUGUUACUAAACCGAUACGAAAAGACGUUGUGAUUUCAAAUGGAAAGAUUCUCAGUUUAAUGGAUCCAUCGAGAACGUUGGCAUUUAUCAAAUCAAUGCAAACCAGUCAAUUAUCUAUUUUGCCAAUAUCUGUUCAAGAACAAUAUAUCAUUCCUGGAUUGAUUGAUGUUCAUGUUCAUGCAAUUGGUGGUGGAGGUGAACAAGGUCCCUAUUCGCGAACACCAGAGAGUCGUUUAUCGGAAUUGAUUCAAGGUGGUUUAACUACCGUUGUUGGUCUACUUGGAACAGAUGGAGUUAGUCGAAGUUUAUCGGCCUUGUUGCAAAAGAUGAAAGGACUGGAACGUGAAGGUUUAUCAACAUGGAUGUGGACCGGUAGCUAUCGUAUUCCCAUUGUUACUCUUACUAGUUCUUUUGAGCAAGAUUUAAUUCUUAUUGAUAAAGUUCUUGGUGCUGGUGAAUUAGCAUUGAGUGAUCAUCGUUCAAGUUGGCCAUCGAAAUCUGAACUUCUUCAGUUAAUUAGUGAUGCACGUGUCGGAGGCAUGCUGAGCGGCAAAUUAGGUGUGAUUCAUUUUCAUCUUGGCUCCGGUGCAUCUAAGAUUGACUUACUUUGGCAAAUAUUGAAUGAGACAACAAUUCCGAUUCAACAUAUGUAUUUAACUCAUAUGUCGUCACGUGGAGAUGCACUAAUAGAAGAAGCAAAAAAAUGGAUCCGAGCUGGAGGAAUGUGCGAUUUUACAGCAGAUUCGGAUGUUCUUAAUGAAACAGAAACAGUGGAAACGUUAAAUAAAUUUCGAACGGAAAAACUUCCACUUAAACAAAUAACACUCUCAAGUGAUGCUUAUGGAUCGUUCCCUGAAUUUGAUUCUACGGGUCGAUUGGUAUCUUACGGUAUGGGUCUACCAGAUUCGGGUUUUAAAACAAUACAAAAACUCGUCUUGAAAUACUCAUGGCAAUUAGAAGAAGCCAUUCAAUUUCAAACAAUAAAUCCAGCAAUAUACCUUAAAUUACCAGGAAAGGGUCUUGUUGCAAAAGACUACGAUGCGGAUAUUUUGGUUCUAAAUAAAACAGACCUUUCAAUAAGAUAUGCUUUAAGUAAAGGACAAUUUUUAAAAACACCAACAUGGGUGAAACAUGGCAUGUUCGAAAAAUAA